AAAUCUAAUAGAAAUAAAAUUACUUAAAUUAUCAAAAACUAUCAAACAUGUCUAAAGUUUUGGAUCAAAGCAAAUGGGAUUCAAGUGCCAUUAAACAUUAUUGCAGCAUUCCACGUAUACAGAAGCAUCUGCGAAAGGCCAAUUGGUCGUAUCUGUGCAGCCAUCCUGAGAUUCGUGCCAUUAUUCGCGUCAUACUGCACCAGACCCUCAAUGCCAAUCCCUCCGAUGUCCGACAAUUUGUGGGAAAAUUUUUUAACUGCGGCACGACCCCGCUGCUGGUACCACUUAUUAACGCCCAACUCAAGUACGUUAAGGAUCAGUUGAAACGUGGUCGCUGGAGCGAAUACGAUGCGGAAAUGCUGUUCAAGGAGAGUCCCUCCACCCACUCCUUACUGUCGAAUGCCUCCACGGAAGGUAAUGUACAUCCGGUGCUGACCUAUGCUCUGGUAUUUAAGAUGCCCGAUGAAUGUGGACUCGACCCGCCACCUUUCUGAAGCUAGACAUUUCAUAAAAAUUCGCACUCUCCCGCUGCGCAAGUCCUAUUGAAUGAGUAUUGAAUGUUUUUGGUGACGUAACUAUAGAAUUGCCUUAAAAACUAAGUAUAUUCAUGUAGAAAUCCAAAUUGAUAAAAUUACAUUAAAAAAUUAAAAUAUAUUCAGAGACCAAUUCUUA